AGACCAGCCCCAUUUGACAGAGUGGAAUAUUGUAGCUACAUACACGACCGAACUCUUCGAAAAUGCUCACGGCCUCCAUACUUUUCCUGGGCCUUUGCGGACUUUGCAUUGGUCAAGGCAGUGCACCGAAUGAACUGUUAUGCAGCAAGCACGGUAGCUUCAAUGGAGCUUCAACUCGUCCAUCUUGGAUUUUCACAAACACGUUCGAACAAUCCCUUGCCUGAGGGAAAAGCACUGCACAUAAAGGAGAAAUCAGACAGCAGCGCAAAAUUUCUUUCAAGAGGUAGGUUGGAAACAUCGUUAGAAUGUAGCUUUCAAGGAGCACAUUUUUGCCAGAAACUUGCAAGCAUAGCACAAAAGUAU